AGAACACUGAAACUACAUCCACAAAAUUUCUCCUGUUGUACACAGCGCACUCUCGGAAAGCUUAACCAAAGAAUUCAGUUGCAGAUUUAGUGGAGUAUCAUCUGGACUUGAUUGAUACGCAAAGAUGCCGCUCUUACUUUUGACGCAUCACGUAAUUCCCUGGGUUUUUAAAAAAGCCGCAGAGUUCAUCGCAUCACAGCUGGGACAAUCUCAGUCACCAGAUCUCACAGAAGGUUUGGAGUCCCAGACUGAAAUUCAACAGGAUGCACCUGAACGACCCACCUCUGCGACCGAGGGAAAUGUCUCUGGGUCAAAUUUUAUGAUCCCAGAUGACCCGAAAAUGCCUCUCGAAGUGAGGAAAUACCGGCCUGACCCAGUUCCCAGCCCCCAGGCUGCUGCAGGUCCCAGACCCCAGCCUGUCUUGGCUGCAGAAGUCAGUAAGAGAGAAAAUAGACCUGUUACACUGGAAAAGAAUCAUUCAGUGAAGAAAGACCUGGUGAUGGAAGCCCGAAAGGAGGUCCAGAAACCAGCUAACUCCUGGAAAGUGGCAAAGGACGCAGGUGACGUUCAGAAUGCACCUGAACGACCCACCUCUGCAACCGAGGGAAAUGUCUCUGGGUCAAAUUUUACGAUCCCAGAUGACCCGAAAAUGCCUCUCGAAGUGAGGAAAUACCGGCCUGACCCAGUUCCCAGCCCCCAGGCUGCUGCAGGUCCCAGCCCCGAGGUUGCCACAGGACCCAAACCCCAGCCUGCUGCAGGUCCCAGACCCCAGCCUGUCUUGGCUGCAGAAGCCAGUAAGACAGAAAAUAGACCUGUUACACUGGAAAAGAAUCAUUCAGUGAAGAAAGACCUGGUGAUGGAAGGCCGAAAGGAGGUCCAGAAACCAGCUAAGUCCUGGAAAGUGGCAAAGGAUGCAGUCACACUGGAAGCGGCUGAAAUGAAUUCUUCCAUCUUUCUAUCGUCAGACUUCCCUCCGCUGCAGCGAGAGAAGUUUGACAACAAGAGCCAGAAGACAGACGUGAGCCCGGGACUAAAGAUGGGCAGAAUGUCAAAAAAUAAGUCAGUCAAGCGCAUCGUAUUUGGGUCACACUUUAUGAUCCCUAAUAAUUUGAAAAUGCCUAUUGAAGUGAGGAACUACUUCCCAGACCCACUUCCCAGACCCCGGGCUGCUGCACGUCCCAAACGCCAGUCUGUCUUGGCUACAGAAACACAGCCAUCCACAUCCGCUGUUGCUGCUGCAGGACCCAAACCCCAGGCUGGGGCAGGUCCCAGUCCCUGAUCGUUUUUCAAGACAUUUAAGAGGAAGAGAU